AUGAACAAAAUAUGUCAUUAACCACAUCAACCAACAUUGAUUUGGAUGAAAAAUUAUUAAAUAACUUAAUGAACGAGAAUGAUACUUUAGAUAUAUUUUUAAAUAACAAUGAAACUUCAAAUGAAACUAACGAUAUACUCAACAGAGAAAAUGAUUUGCAAAUAGGCAAUUAUAAUGAUUGUAUGCAAGGCAAUACUGUGAAAGAAAAUCAGAAUUUUGAGAAUAAUUCUAACCAAAAUAUGGAUUUUAUUUAUGCUGAUUCCACGAAGCUUAAUAAUGUUAAUUUUGAUAUGCAUAUGAAUAAUGAUAUUAUAAUUAAUAAUAACUACCAGCACUUAAUAUCAAGCAAUGAAAAACAAAAUGCAAACGUAAAUGACAGUCCACCUACUUUGAUUUGUAUUCCUGCACAAGUGGGAACAGUUAACAAAAGUUUAUUUGAUUUUGAUGAAGACUGCAGCACCAAUUCAAUAAAUGAUGAUGAGAUAACUAACAAUAAUAUGCCUUUAUCAGUUGAAAAAUAUCAGAACUCUAGUUGCUGCGAUGCUGUAGAAAAAUUAAAAAAAAUAAUACAGAGUAAAGAUCAACAACUUUUAACACAAAUAUUAAUUAAUAAUACCAAUCAAAUUAAAGUAUGUACGUUUCUGGAAAAUAUGGACAAAAAAAUUAACAAAUUGCUAGAAAAAGAUAAAAGAACUCAAUCCUUCGCAUUUCCAUUACCUAAAUUACCGGCACCGUUCAUUGAAUUGUUGCCAAUAACCAGUGUUAAUAGUCUGGAAGUUGUUGAGCAACUGUUGUCAAUAGAUAAUGACAAUUUUAACCGUAAUGUGGAAGAGUUGAAAACCUAUUUAUUGUUGAAAACUGGCAACCUACAAAGUUUAAAUUCUGCAGUUAAAUCUGCGUUUGAUAUAUGUUUUACAAGAGAAAUUGCUUCCUUGUUUAGUUUACAAGGAAAAACAAAGAAGCCAUUUGUAAAACUUGGUAUUUACAAAGUAAUACAUGAAACAUUAUCUGGAAGAAUCCAUAAUACAGAUGAAGAAAAGAUAUUUUCAAAUAUUAUUUCAAAUAUCUUAAAACACAGUGGAAAUCAUUAUAAAAAUAAAGUAUGAGAAAUGUUUGGGUGUUCCUGUUUAUUCAUAAAAAUUUUUUCGUUUUUCUAAGCCAUAUAUAAGAUCUAUAGUUUUUAUUUUUUAUUUGUAUGAUAGUCAUCAAGUAUCAGU